GAUAUUUGUACAUUCAAAUACAAUUCUCUACUAUAAAUAACAAGGUAUUUAUUCGGUAUGAUGAUAGUUUUUUGAGUUUUUCAGUGAAAAAGUGUGUUCAAAAGACGUUGCAAAAUCAAAAAAUGAUACCGAAGAGUUUAAAAUUCAACAACAAUUUAGAGAUACCUAUAAUAGGACUGGGCACCUUCAAUUCACCACCAGGCCAAGUCACACAAGCUGUUAAAGAUGCAAUUGAUGCUGGCUACAGGCAUAUUGACUGCGCUUGGUACUAUGGUAAUGAAGCGGAAGUGGGGGAAGGAAUAUCAACGAAAAUAAAGGAAGGUGUUGUGAAAAGAGAAGAUUUAUUCAUAACAAGCAAGCUUUGGUCAAACUACCAUGAAAAGGAGAAGGUAGUUCCUAUGUUGAAGGACUCUCUGAAGAAUUUGAAGCUAGAAUAUUUGGACCUAUAUUUAAUUCACUGGCCUUUUGGGUUCAAGGAAGAAGCUGGUCCAUGGCCCACAGAAGGGGGCCCUGAUGCCUACAGCGAAACAGAAAUCACCGAAACUUGGGAAGGAAUGGAAGAAACUUACGAUUUAGGACUUACCAGAAGUAUUGGAGUCUCUAAUUUCAACAAAACUCAAAUAGAAAAGAUCUUAGGUAUGGCUAGAAUCAAACCGGUGUGCAACCAAGUCGAAGUAAAUCCCAAUUUCAACAACAAAAAAUUGAUUGAGUACUGCAAAGGAAAAGAUAUUGUUGUUGCUGGAUAUUGCCCCUUAGGCAGAAUUGACUCCUAUGGAAAACCCAGAAUACCAAAACCUACGAUAUUAGAACCCGAAGUGGCUGAGAUUGGAAAGAAAUAUAACAAAACACCCGCCCAAGUUGUAUUAAACUAUCUUAUAACCAAAUUAGGAGUUGUUGUUCUGCCAAAAUCGGUUACCAAAUCCAGAAUCAUUGAGAAUUUUGAUAUUUUUGAUUUCCAGUUAGAUAAGGAAGAUAUCGAGUAUAUCGAUUCUUUUCACAAAAAUGUGCGUGUGUGUUUAGCUCCGUAUUUUGGAAAUCAUAAAGAUUAUCCUUUUCAUGACGAAUACUAAGAAUCAUAUAUUAAUAAUGAGACCAUUAUUUCCAAAGUUGGAUUGUUGAGAAUAUAAGAUUUUAAUCUAUCAUUAAAAUCAUAUUCAUAAAAAUUUGAUAUAUAUUAUAAUUUAAGAUUGUGUAGGAAAAUUUAUCAAAUCAUCAGUGUAUAUUGUACUAUAUAGAUUCAUAUAUCACUUGAAUAAAAAAUAUAAUUCA